AUGGACACAGCAUCCGUCGGCGGCCCUUCUCGCAGUCCGUUCGAUCUGUCGCUGGAUAAUUCACGGAAGCGCAGCUUCGAUCAGACGCAAUUGCAACAAGAGAACAAUGGAUCCUCGCGCCAAGCCACUCGCAGCCACUCUCAUCCUAGAGAGGACUUGGAGCGCCAUUCCAGGCACAUAGUUUCCCUGUCGCCGCCCAAUAGAUCGCCCAGUCUGGACGAUCCAGAGAACCGCCUAUACGAGUCGCCGCUAUUAGCUAGGCAAUAUCGUGGUGAUGAGAGUAUUAUCCUGGUGGGCUUUCCCAGCGCAGGCAAGAAAACCCUUGGUCUGAUAGCAUCCGCCGCUCUGCGGCGAGAAUUUGUGGAUUUCGACACCGUUUUCACGGGGAGGACAGGGCUCCCUCCUCGAGAAUACAUUGAGGCGCAUGGGGCAACGGCAUAUCGAAAUCUGGAAGAUGAGGUGACUAGUGGGAUAAUUGGCUCGAGACAGAAAGGUUGCAUUCUUGUCGGAUUCUUUGCCAUGGCAAGCAACCGCCAGCGUCGACUAUUGAAAUCAUUGUCCCAGACAAACCCUAUCAUACACAUUCAAAGGGAUCUUGAGAACAUAAUCAACCGAACCAAUUCGGACAAAAACCGGCUGUAUAGAACUUAUCAGUUGAGUGAGAAGCUGCACCGCAGGUUUGCAAACUUUGAGUUCUUCAAUAUAUCUCAACCAUUGAUGGACGAUAAAGCACUUGGACCCCUCAAACUAAAAGCGACCGAAGGGGAGUUCAUCCGGUUUCUCAAUGGCAUUUUCCCCCAGUUUGAAGAUGCAAAGGCACUUGCCAAUAUUUGUUCACACCCGCACACGUAUGCGCUGCAAGUUCCAAUGUCAUCGUUAGAGGAUAUUCAAGCCGACUACACGGAGCUUGACUCUGGAGCGGACGCAGUCGUAAUACUGGUUGAAAUGACCCCUGGAAAUCAACAUGAAAUCUUUUCUCAACUGUCGCAAAGAGUUGCAGUAUUGAGAAAGUACUGCCAUGUCCCUAUGAUCGUUGACCUAGAGAUGUCGACGACCACGAGCUAUAUAGCUCAAGCGAACUUGUUAGAACUCGUUGUUCGGCAAGCACCAGACAUCAUCGUUGUCUCACUAGACACGAGUGCAGUCCUAGCCAAACAAUUACAGCUUGCUAAAUGCCGUUCUAAGAUCAUUGGGAAAUACCACCAAAAAGGAUCGGUUUCCGAACACUGGAACUGGGGUACUCUGCCCGAUGUCUUUGACAAAGCAAGCUUACUACACUGCAGUGCCAUAAGGCUCACUGGAGAGGCACAUGAACCUAGUGAUAAUCUUGGGUGUAUCAAGGUGAUCCUAGAGGCACAGAAACUGAGUGACUUUCCGGUGAGCUGCUACAAUACGGGAGAAUUUGGCCGUUCAUCUGUUUGCUUGAACCCUCUUUUAUCUCCCGUCGUCCUCCCAUCGCAAGCUACGAGUCGAGGGGUCACUCUGGCAGAUGCCCAGAGAGCAUUAUAUUCUUCUUUUUGGCGAUCAAAGAAACAUUUCACGGUUUUUGGACAGAAUGUUUCAUAUAGCUUGACCCCAGCUAUGCAUAAUGCUGCGUGCGCUGCAUGUGGAAUGCCGCAUAUUUGUGACUAUGUGGAAAGUGAUCGGUUGGCUCGCAUUCGCGAAGUCUUUCAACGUGACUCGCAGGGUGGGCUUGCCAUUGUAUAUCCAUACAAAACUGAGGUUGUGCAGAUGAUGGAUGAAAUGAGCCUCGAUGCCAAAGUUAUUGGCGCGGUCAAUACUGUUGUUAUUGAAAGAAUUUCUACGCGCGAAGACAGUCCAAGGUUAUACCUUAAAGGCUACAAUACUGACCACAUUGGGAUCCGUACGUGUAUCGAGAAAAAUCUCUCGCCUGCGAAUGCAGUACGAUCACAAACGAGCGCGCUGAUUAUCGGCGCUGGUGGCAUGGCUCGUGCUGCCAUAUAUGCUUGCGUCAAAGCUGGUGUUAAAAACAUUUGUAUUUUCAAUCGAACUGAAGCGAAUGCUCGUAGACUUGCGGAUUAUUUUGCCACUGUCUUCCCUGAUCUGCGAUUGACCGUCCUCACUGCACUCAGUGCUCCAUGGCCUACUGAUUUGUGGCAGCCCACGAUUAUUGUGUCUUGCAUCCCUGCACAUAAAGUUGGUGAUAAUGACGCGCCGGACUUGCUCAUCCCAGAACAUUGGUUAGGUAGUCCGACGGGAGGUGUUUUUGUUGAGUUUGCAUACAAACCUCUGGUCACCCGACUGAUUCGGCAUAUGCAAUCUCGGCGAUCUCAAGGAUGGAUUGUCGCCGAUGGUCUCGACGUGCUUGUCGAGCAGGGUAUUGCUCAAUUUGAAAUAUUUACGAACAGACCUGCACCCAGCCACAUUAUGCGACGCACCGUACGAGAACAAUACUUCACUGCCCAAGAUGCCCAGCAUGAUCAUGAGGCUGCAGACACAGAUGUCCAUCCUUGA